AUGGCGGUGGUUGUCCGAGUGGUUUAUUGGGCUUGUAGCCUCAAGCAUCUUCAGCUCAAGAAGAAGUCAGAAGAUGAGUUCCCCAGCCAUCUGGACAUCUGCGGUGAGGGGACUCCCCAGGUCACUGGCUUCUUUGAAGUGUUCGUAGCAGGAAAGCUGGUUCACUCCAAGAAGGGAGGCGAUGGCUAUGUGGACACGGAGAGCAAGUUUCUGAAGCUGGUGGCCGCCAUCAAAAGCUGCUUUGGCUCAGGCCUGA